CUUUUCCUGGGAUGCCUCCAAAAACCUCGAGGCUGCUAGCGUGCUGAGGCUGGCUAGCUUUCAUGCUGACCGUUUAUUGUGUUGCGCUCAAAGGGCCUGUUUUUGAGCUGUUUUUGAGGAAAUGUGGUGAAUUUAAACUUACUCUGUUUGGGGGGAAAAUUCUGCUUCAGAACAGCCAGGACUUUGCACGGCGUGAUCUCAGGCUUUGGGAGGAGUGUGGAUCUAAAUCCAAACUGGAUCAUCUUUACUCUGGGUCUCGAAGCUGCAGCUGUACACUGCUGUUUGAAGGACAGAGCUAGAAGGAAAAGUGGAAUUCAGGCUGACAUACAAAAUGGCUUGGCUGUCAUGUUGUAGACCACAAGACUAAUCCAUUUGAAUACUUCUGGCUUUGAAGGGAGAGAGCUGAGGCUCGCAUUAGCCCUUUUGGCCACAGCCUUGCAUUGGGAAUUCAUGUUGAGCUGAUUGUCUGCCAGGACCCCUGGUCUCAUAUUUGGUCUCUGCUUCAGAGGAUAGAGUCCUCUCUCUCCCUCUCAUCCUGAUUUUAGAUAAUGGGCUGUGUGCAAUGUAAGGAUAAAGAAGCAACAAAACUGACUGACGAGAGGGAUGGCAGUUUAACUCAAAGUUCAGGCUACCGCUAUGGGACAGAUCCCACUCCACAGCAUUAUCCUAGCUUUGGCGUGACUUCAAUUCCAAACUACAACAACUUCCAUGCCACAGGAGGCCAAGGGUUGACAGUGUUUGGUGGAGUCAAUUCCUCCUCUCAUACGGGAACGCUGCGAACAAGAGGAGGGACAGGUGUAACUCUUUUUGUGGCGCUUUAUGACUAUGAAGCAAGAACAGAAGAUGACUUAAGUUUUCACAAAGGAGAAAAAUUUCAAAUACUUAACAGCUCGGAAGGAGACUGGUGGGAGGCCCGGUCCUUGACAACAGGCGAAACUGGUUAUAUUCCCAGCAAUUAUGUGGCUCCAGUCGAUUCCAUCCAAGCAGAGGAGUGGUACUUUGGCAAACUGGGCCGAAAAGAUGCUGAGAGGCAGCUGUUGUCAUUUGGAAACCCGAGAGGUACCUUCCUUAUCCGGGAAAGUGAAACUACCAAAGGUGCCUACUCCCUGUCCAUUCGUGACUGGGAUGAUAUGAAGGGAGAUCACGUCAAACAUUAUAAAAUUCGUAAACUUGACAAUGGUGGCUAUUAUAUCACAACUCGGGCACAGUUUGAAACUCUUCAGCAGCUGGUUCAGCAUUAUUCAGAGAGAGCUGCAGGUCUUUGCUGCCGCUUAGUAGUCCCCUGUCAUAAAGGAAUGCCAAGGCUUACUGAUCUGUCUGUCAAAACCAAAGAUGUCUGGGAAAUUCCACGAGAAUCCCUACAGUUGAUCAAGAGACUGGGAAAUGGGCAGUUUGGGGAAGUAUGGAUGGGUACGUGGAAUGGAAAUACUAAAGUGGCCAUCAAGACUCUGAAGCCUGGCACUAUGUCUCCAGAAUCAUUCUUAGAAGAAGCCCAAAUCAUGAAGAAGCUAAAACAUGAUAAACUGGUCCAACUUUACGCUGUGGUGUCUGAAGAACCCAUCUAUAUUGUCACGGAGUACAUGAGUAAAGGGAGUUUGCUAGAUUUCUUAAAAGAUGGAGAAGGAAGAGCUUUGAAGUUACCGAAUUUAGUGGAUAUGGCAGCCCAGGUGGCUGCAGGAAUGGCUUACAUUGAGCGAAUGAAUUACAUACACAGAGAUCUGCGAUCUGCAAACAUUCUGGUGGGGAAUGGCCUAAUAUGCAAGAUUGCUGAUUUUGGAUUAGCAAGACUGAUUGAAGACAAUGAAUAUACAGCAAGACAAGGUGCAAAGUUUCCCAUCAAAUGGACUGCACCAGAAGCAGCGUUGUAUGGAAGGUUCACAAUAAAGUCAGACGUGUGGUCUUUUGGGAUCCUACUGACAGAGCUGGUAACAAAAGGGAGAGUGCCAUACCCAGGCAUGAAUAACCGUGAAGUUUUGGAGCAAGUAGAACGUGGUUAUAGGAUGCCAUGUCCUCAGGACUGUCCCAUCUCCUUGCACGAGCUUAUGAUCCACUGCUGGAAAAAAGACCCAGAGGAGCGUCCAACUUUCGAAUAUUUGCAGGGUUUCCUUGAAGACUACUUCACCGCAACAGAACCCCAGUACCAGCCCGGCGACAACCUGUAAACCCCUGGUCUCCACACACUGUCAUGAAUUACCAGGUGUUUUCAGCCCUGCCCACCUGCUCUUUAGCUUCCAACUCAGUGACCGGCUUCUCCAGAGUGCAGCAUCUUCCAGCACCGCAGCGCACAUGCGGGGGGGCCCCACAGCUGCGAACUGCCUCAGCCCUUGCCUAUGACCACUUGUCCUAAUAAUCUGAAUGUCCUUGAUGAAAAGGAGAAAAACACUUGUUUUUUCUUAAUCAGAGACUCCUAAACUGCAUUGUAUUGAUGUUAUGUAAACUGCAAAAACUCUGUUCAUUGUAAAUAGUAACUCAGUGCCAAUAACUGAUCCUAGUGCUUUCCUUUUUUUAAAACGCAAAACCUAUGUGAUUUUAACUAGUCUUCUCCUGAUUCAACUAAAAGUAUUAUUUUCCAGAAGUGGCCUCUUUUGUCUAAAACUUUUUUUUUUCAUGUUUUAACAAAAAAAAAAAAUCAGGACAGAUUUUUGGUUUUUUGCUUUUUUAUAUAUAAAAUAUAUAUAAUAUAUAUACAUACAUAUACAUACAGUAAAUGGGUGCUAUUGCAGAGGAAACUCAUUUUGAAUGGAAUGAAUCCUGCUGCAGCAGUACCCAGAAAGUGAUAAUUUUACUGCAGACAUGAAAACACUGGUGGGAUUCUGAAAGCCAGUGAUCUAAUUUUUGGCUUUUGCCAAGCAUGAUUUUUUUAAAUUGGAUUGCACUUUUUGUUUAUGACUAUGUACCUGUAGAUGGUUGUAACUUUGCUCUUUCAGGAAUCAUGUGCUGUAUUUACAGUAAUGUUUCCAAUGUUUGACAAGUGUGUGAUGAUUUGUUCUUGAAAUUAAAAUGAACAUAUUUAAAGCAAGAAAACUACACCAUCACCGUUUGAACUGGAAAAUUGAAACCACAAGGACUUCUUGUAUCAAAACAUAUAUACUGAAAUGUUUCAAAAAGAUUUAUUAAGCAGUGUAACCACAUUCAAAUGGUCUUACAAUCAUAGCAUUUUAGCCAUGUCACCCUGCUAAACUGUUGGUCCUGCAACUAAGAUUUUUCUGUUUUAUGUGUAACAUUUUCCAUUGUAAAAUAAGUGUGUUGAAUGUCCUGUACUGCUAAUGAAAUUACUUUCUCUAUGUC